UAUUCCUGCUCGUCUCGCUCCACCAGUUAAGUUAAAUCAGAGGCAGCCACUGGCACACUGAGGUGGUCUUUCUAUCUCUCGGUCUGUCCUGCUCUGAAAGCAUCAGCAGCCUCCUGAUUCAGCACCACAGGACUCGCUGAGGCCCUCGCCCAAGGCCUGUAUCAGUCACCAGAGACGCACCCUGCCGACAGGGCCCCCUGUUUGAAAGUCCCAGGAUCUGGCACUAAAAAAAGGGAAAAUGCGGAAUACAACGACGGGAGUGACGGACGAGAUAUCUCUGACGUGUGGCAUGUCAGGAAGCCAUGAAUUCAUCUUCACCCUGGUACCCAUCGUCUACGGCUGUAACUUUGUCAUCGGCAUUGUUGGAAACAGUAUGGUAGUGGCGGUGAUCUACUGCUACAUGAAGCUCAAGACGGUGGCCAACAUAUUUGUGCUCAAUCUUGCAGUUUCUGACCUCACCUUCCUCAUCACUCUGCCCAUGUGGGCCACCUUCACCGCCACGGGCUAUAACUGGCCCUUUGGGGAAUUCCUGUGCAAGGCCAGUGCAGGGCUGGUGAUUUUUAACCUCUACACCAGCAUCUUCUUCCUCACGGCGCUCAGCAUCGACCGGUACCUCGCCAUCGUUCACCCGAUGCAGUCUCGCAGGUUGCGCACUGUGCUGUACGCACGCAUCACCUGCGUCGUGAUCUGGCUGUUUGCCUUUGUGCUGAGUGUGCCCACAGCCUUGAUCAGGGACAUCCACCACAUCACAAACUACACGACAGUGUGUGGCAUUCUUCACCCGACCAUGGAAAACACCAUGAUUCUGAAGGAGCUCCUGCUGGCACUCAGCCUGAUGAAAAGCCUGCUGGGCUUCCUGGUGCCCUUUGUCAUCAUCAUCACCUGUUACUGCCUGAUCGGACGUGCACUGGUGGGCGCGAGGAAAAUCCAGAAAAGCUCCCGUUCACGGGAUGACGAGGUACUGCGCAUGCUUGCAGCAGCUGUCCUGGCCUUCUUCCUGUGCUGGGUGCCCCAUCAGGCGUUCCACUUGAUGCAGAUGCUUACCCAGCUGUCACUGGAAAAGAACUGUGCCAUCAUCGAGAUCAUUGACACCGCCAUGCCCUUCACUAUCUGCAUCGCCUACUUCAACAGUUGCGUUAAUCCUAUUCUGUACGGCUUCGUUGGCAAUAACUUUCGCAAAAACUUGCUGCGGCUGUUGCGCUGCUCGCCGAAUGGAGUCAGAGUGUCUCACCCGAGCAUCAGCUCCAAGAUGAGCGCCCUCUCUUUUCGUGCCUCUGAGGGACUGAGCCUCACAGCCAAAAGCAAGGCCUCUUCUGAAGUGAAGUGAGAAAAAAGAAGAAGAAAAAGAGUCCAGGUUUACUCUCCCCACUCUUUUUGGUUUGUGGUUAAGGGGAUGGAGACAUUCCAUGCUUUUAAACCCCCAACUGUAUUACAAAGCACUGAAACGUUGUAUUCCUAUAUGCCCCUCUGUGAGCAAGUCCAAUAUAAAUUCACUCCCUUGUACAAUGCUUAUCUGCAGAAUAAUUAUUCAAUUGGAACAUCUCUCCAAGCAUGUGAACGUUAGUGUUUUAAAAAAACAUCCGUUGAAGUAGAAACGAAAUCUGUGAAUAAACUAUAUGAAUGCUAGAAAAGACUAUAUUUACAGAUCACUUAUCUCAUUAUGUAUAUAAGAUACGCAUGUCCUGCAGGAGUUUGUCGCAUUGGUGCUUUAAGGAUACAGUGCCGUAAUAUAUAGUCCUGUAAUAACCACUCUGUGUGCUCAGUAGGUCUCUCACCAGUUGGACCAGCGAUCAAGUGCUCAGCAAAGAAAAAAAAGAAAGAAAAAAUAAUAGUAUAUAUAUAUACAUAUAUAUAUAAAUAUAUAUUAAAAAUCAUAAGCCACUCAUGCAUGCUCUGCCAGCAACUGUACAUAUGGAACAAUUGGAAAAAGUAUAGCAAAAAUGUGAUGUGGGUUUAAAUCAGUGUGUAACAUAUUGGGCAAUGAUGACUCGUGCCUGCAUGCUGAAUGUGUUCAAGUACUCGCAAAAUAACUUUGAAAUGAUGAAAUGUUCCCUCGUCUAGGAGUAACACGCUGUAUAAAUAAGAUACUGCACGAACACUCCAGGCUGAUCAUUGUCAAUAUCUCCAGUGGUUGUUUUUGUGGUAUUCGAUUUGUUAUUCUUCAUACUCUGUAAGUGUACAUUGUGAAUAUGUGAAAAUAUGAAUAAAAGGUAAAAACUAAAAAAACUAAA